AGUAGUAAAUUUAAGCGAAACUAAGAAUUAAAUGAAGAAAAUGCUUCUGAAAACGAGAAAUCUGAUAGUGAGGAGGAGGAAGAACACCACUACUAUGGGCCAAACGGGGAAGUGGCCGAUGAUGACGAUGAAGAAUCUGAUAGUGACGACAACGAGGAGGUCGGAGAAGGUAGUGAGUCACAUGUCGUCGGUGAGGAGGAUGGCCAAGCUAGAGAAGCUAAUGAUAAUCAUGACUUUGAUUACGGCGAGUAUCAAUCAACAUUACCUUCAGAAUACCUUCAUGUUAAUAUUGACGAUAUGCAGGUGAAUAUAGGUCUGUGGCCCGAAAAGGAUUUACAUUGGGAACCCGGGCGAGAGUUUGAAAAGGGCAUGAUAUUUUCUUCAAGGGUUGCCGUUCAGAAAUGUGCUACUCUUUAUUCUAUGCGAGCAAAGAGAGAGCACAAGAGUUCUCGAACAACAGAAAGCACAUUGGUGUUGAUAUGCAGAAAUAUCGACGUCUGCAACUGGAGGUUGCAUGCAAGGAAGUUGACACGAUCAGGAGAAUGGACGAUAACAAGAUAUAAUGGCAGUCAUAUUUGUAACUUUGACGGUAACUUUCAAGACCACCGAAAUUUCAGGGCAAGGUACAUAAGAGAAUAUAUCCAAUCUCAACUGAAAGAGCAACGUGACAUAAAAAUCAAGACGCUGCAAGCCGGGCUUUUGGAAAGAUUUGGUGUGAAACCACAUUACAAGAAAACUUGGCAUGCUAGGGAAAGGCAAUUGCAAGCAUGUUUGGAGAAUGGGAUAAGUCCUUUGAGGAGGUCUGCAACUUUAUGGCAAAUGUGGAAGUCACAAAUCCUAGAACAAUAUGGCAUGCUGAAGGCUUGCUCGUCGUAAGGAGAAGACAAGUCGAUCCGACAAUCAGAAAAUUCGAGAGAAUGAUUUGGACAUUCAAACCAAUGUUGGAUGGCUUUUUUGCAUUGCAAGCCUGUCCUUUACAUCGAUGGCACAUUUUUGUACGAAAAAUACGAGAUGGUGUUGCUGACAGCGCAAGCUGUCGAUGGAAAUAACCAUAUCAUGCCGCUUGCAUUUGCCCUUGUAAAAUCAGAAAGCGAGGAAAGCUGAUCGUAUUUUAUGAAUUACGUCCGGAUAUACGUUUGUGGUGAUUGAAAAAUGUGCGUCAUAUCUGAUCGAGCUCCCGGCCUUCUGGCCGCAAUGCACCGAGAAGAAUGGGAAGGAUUCGAUCAUAAAUUCUACAUACGGCAUUGUAUGUGUUUUUACUUAUUACUUUUUCCACAUGAAGAUAUGGCAGCUCCACCGCUGCGUGAUUAUCUCGGAUCGGGGCCUCAUAGCAGCAGCGUAUUAUAUGCGUAAGCGGAUCAUAUAUCAGUGGAUGUUUGAG